AAACAAACCGCGCGCGCGAUGGACACCUUGACGGCAGGAAAGCACCGCGGCAAGAACAUUGCAGAUGUGGUCAAGGAGCAGGUACACGGCACCUCUGUAGGUAAGGAGGGCACGAUCGCAUGGAUCGAACUGCUGUUGCGCGAACUGCGCCAUCACGUUGCUGUGCCGGUCGACAGCAGUGAGUGGAGCGAAGACACGCUGGGCACGUUGUUGUCCGCUGCUGGAAUGACCGUGCGAUACGUGACGGAAGCGCCAACGUUCGUCGCGUACCUCCCCGAGUUCGAAUCAAUCUUUCUCCAUGUGCUUGGCAUUCCAAAUUGGACCAAACCGUUCCUGGGACUCAAGAUGGUGGCGUUGCGCGGGUGCACGCGGCUCUUGGAGAGCUUUGGCGAAGUUGUCCAACGAGAUGCCGAUGUCUUGGCUUGGAUCUCCUCGUCCGUUGACGUGAUGCUGUCGUCGUCGGACGAUCCGACCGCCGCCACGUGCAUUCAAUUGCUGCUGCGACCGACUUGCGAACACUUGAACGUGAUCGUGCAAGUCCAUCCUCGGUCCAUCCCGUCGUUGCUUGCGAUUGUGCCGCGGUACUUGUACCUGUACACGACGAAAUUGUGUACGCACUCGUCAAACCAGUGCAAACACGACAUCCUCGAACUGGCAUCCUUUGUGUCUGUCCUGCUUGACACGGCCUUGCCUCCGCUCCCUUCCGCCCGCUCCCUGCUCGCGCAACGCUCUGCGACAUCGACACCCUCAUUCUCGCCACCACACAAACGUCAACUUGCCGUGCAUGUCAUGUCUGGCGACGACUGGCGUCGUUUCCAGUCGUCUCCAGACGCCAUGACGUCCAUGCUGUCGGUCCUGCCGUCGUUGUACGCUGUAGCGACGCUAGAUGCUGCUGCUGCGUCGUCAUCAGCUUGUUUUGCAGCGUUCUUUCAACACACAAACUCCAUGCUCUCGCAAGCAUUGGCCACAACGUCGCCGCCGCGCACGAUGGACUCGCUCGAGCAUGUGUCUAUGACUAUCGAGUCAUUGCGGGACCUCCUCUUGCGCCGCUAUCAAGUCCAUGCACCCCAACCACUAGCAGACACUGAACUUUCCUUGAAAGCAGUCGUGCCAGUUCUGCAACACGUGUUUACCUAUCUCAGUGACACGGCCAAGGAUCGAAGUCUUCGCGGCAUCAAAGCAACUCUCCACGACAUCCGCGACACGGCCAUCGAGUGUCUGGUGGUGCUCGUGCACGUGUUGGGCCAUUCAUUCUGGGACGUCGAGUUGGAAUUCGACUUUUUGCAUGCAGUCGUGGUGAAAAUAGCCGACCCGCUCGUGUUUGGCGACUUUUUAUUCGCAUUGCGACCUACAGACGCCGACGAAACCGAUCGGUACGCGUCCAAAGUGGCUGAAGUUGUGGCCAUCUUUGUCAAAGGGCUGCGCCAAGCCCACCGCUACUCCAAGACUCUAGCCCUUCGCAUGGUGGACGGUGUCGCACAUGUAGCCCUGGGAGCGGGGGUCUAUCUCCACCCGCACUUGGCCGUGUUGGCCGACACGUUAUUGGACAUGCAGGCUAUGAAUUCGUCGUCCAGCGUCCGGAACGCAUCGACGCGGGCCCUUACGCGGCUCUACUGCCUGGCGCCGUUCGCGGUACUCUUUUCGUUGCGUAGAAAGUUGUUCACACACACACGGGGGUCUAUAGGAAGAGGCCGCCGCCGCCGCCUACUUUAACCUGGUGACGGAGGGCGUCCUGGCCAUGCGAGAGCCUGCAUUGGAGUCGCUGAGUGCGUUGCUGCACGACAAAACUGCGACGGUGGCGGCCGCCAUGGACUGGCUGCCGUCGGCGUUUUGGCUCGAGUGGCUCGCGUCGUGUUCGGAAAUGUUUGCGGCCAUCCCAAUCUUUGAAGAAGACGUGCCGGUGCUGACGUACCAGCUCGGAAUUUGCCACGCCUGGCUCACCGCCCUUCGACCCGACGACGUUCUGACCCAAGGAAUGCUGAACAACACGUUCCGACCUGCAGUGCAAACCCUGCGUGACACGGCUCACGCCGACGGCCUUGUGGGUAUUGUUGAUGCGGCAGACUCGCUCUUGGCAUUGCUCUAGGAUUUUUCCACUAGCAAAACACGAGAUCUAUAGAUUGAUGUUUCAGAGUAC